AUGUCACAAGAUCAAAUCAUUGAUUGCCGCUCAGAGCCUCAAGCAAUACCCUUUCGUAUCGGGGUGGUUCUGUUUCCAGGCUUUCAGGCCCUUGAUGCUUUUGGGCCAAUGGACUGCCUGAAUGUCCUCUCACGGAAUCACGCCGUGACUCUGGCACUUCUCUCGUCGACCCUGGAGCCCGUGACAACGAAAUCACCCGUGUCACCCCACGCUCUCGGCCAAGCCGUGGUACCAACACACACAUUCGAAACGGCUCCAUCUCUGGACCUGUUACUCGUCCCAGGGGGCCUCGGAAGUCGCGGCUCGAGCCCAGCUAUUGAAGAGACCAUUUCGUACAUUCGAAAUGUAUAUCCUACGCUGAAGUACCUGAUCACAGUAUGUACGGGGUCUGGUCUUGCCGCGCGGGCGGGCGUGCUAGAUGGGAAACGGGCUACGACUAACAAAAGGGCCUGGGCUGAGAUCACGGCAUUGAGUGGGCUUGUUGAGUGGGUUCCUCACGCCAGAUGGGUUGUUGAUGGCAAUAUCUGGUCGUCUUCGGGAGUGAGUGCGGGUAUCGAUGUAACUCUUGCCUGGAUUGAGGAGGUAUACGGGUGCCAGGUGGCGGAUACGAUUGCAAAUGGCAUCGAAUAUACCCGUCACAGAGACUCGAGUCAUGAUCCUUUUGCUGAGUUGCAUGGUCUUUGA